CGCGCGCACACACUCUGGGAGCAGAAGCAUCUUCCCUGGCUUCGCAGGUUUCUCCUCCCAUCACAACCCGCGCGUGAGAGGAAAUCCGCUCCGCUCUAUCGAAAGUGCUCGUCUGGGUGAUUCUCGAUCACCGCAACCCAGAAGUGCUGGCGUCCGAAUGCAUUUUCCUUUUGCUUUGCAAAGAAGAGUCGUGAACUUCAAAACCCCCGAGACGGAUCAUUAAUCCUGCUUUGCAGAAAAAGAAAGCCCUCGAUCCCCCCACCACCGGCCACCGCUCUCCGGAGACUCUGCACCCGCGGAGGCGCUCAGAGCCGGAAGGGGACGCUUUGGGAAUGACCAUGCUCCACGGAGGGACGGAGCCGGCCCCCAGCUUCUCCACAGAGAGCCUCCUCCACUAAAGCUCCAAAAAUCAAAAACCAUAAUUGCUGAAGAAUCCUUAUAAUCUAUACCGUACCAGCCACUGACCUCACAUGCAAACGGAAUAAUUACUCUGGAUUCUGCAUUGUGAGCCGCUCUCCAUACCCUGAAUUACCUUUGAAUUAAAUCCUUUUUAUUUUGAAUUUGCAUCUCUUCAAGACACAAGAUUAAAACCAAAUUUACGCUAAAUUGGAUUUUAAAUUCUCUUCCGUUCCUUUAUCCUCCGUCUUUCUUAUGUGGAUAUGCAAGCGAGAAGAGGGCACUGGACAUUCCCAACAUGCUCACUCCCUUAAUCUGUCGGUCUAGAGGUUUGGCUUCUACAAACCAAGGGAGUGGACAAGUUAAAGAUGAAGCCCAGAGCAGAGUGCUGUUCUCCCAAGUUCUGGUUGGUGUUGGCCGUCCUGGUUGUGUCUGGCAGCAGAGCCCGUUCUCAGAAGAGCCCGCCCAGCAUUGGCAUUGCUGUCAUCCUUGUGGGCACUUCAGACGAGGUGGCCAUCAAGGAUGCCCACGAGAAAGAUGAUUUCCACCAUCUCUCCGUGGUGCCCCGAGUGGAGCUGGUAGCCAUGAAUGAGACUGACCCAAAGAGUAUCAUCACCCGCAUCUGUGAUCUCAUGUCUGACCGGAAGAUCCAGGGCGUGGUGUUUGCUGAUGAUACAGACCAGGAAGCCAUCGCCCAGAUCCUCGAUUUCAUUUCUGCUCAGACCCUCACCCCCAUCCUGGGCAUCCAUGGGGGCUCCUCCAUGAUCAUGGCGGAUAAGGAUGAAUCUUCUAUGUUCUUCCAGUUUGGCCCAUCAAUUGAACAGCAAGCUUCCGUAAUGCUCAACAUCAUGGAAGAAUACGACUGGUACAUCUUUUCUAUUGUCACCACCUAUUUCCCUGGCUACCAGGACUUUGUAAACAAGAUCCGCAGCACCAUAGAGAAUAGCUUCGUGGGCUGGGAGCUAGAGGAAGUCCUCUUACUGGACAUGUCCCUGGAUGAUGGAGAUUCUAAAAUCCAGAACCAGCUCAAGAAACUUCAAAGCCCCAUUAUUCUUCUUUAUUGUACCAAGGAAGAAGCCACCUACAUCUUUGAAGUGGCUAACUCAGUAGGGCUGACUGGCUAUGGCUACACAUGGAUUGUGCCUAGUCUGGUGGCAGGGGAUACGGAUACGGUGCCCUCAGAGUUCCCUACUGGCCUCAUCUCUGUAUCAUAUGAUGAAUGGGACUAUGGCCUCCCUGCCAGAGUGAGAGACGGGAUUGCAAUAAUCACCACCGCUGCUUCUGACAUGCUGUCUGAGCACAGCUUCAUCCCGGAGCCCAAGAGCAGUUGUUAUAACACCCAUGAGAAGAGAAUCUACCAGUCAAAUAUGCUCAAUAGGUAUCUGAUCAAUGUCACGUUUGAGGGGAGAAAUUUGUCCUUCAGUGAAGAUGGCUACCAGAUGCACCCGAAACUGGUGAUAAUUCUUCUGAACAAGGAGAGGAAGUGGGAGAGGGUGGGGAAGUGGAAAGACAAGUCCCUGCAGAUGAAAUACUACGUGUGGCCCCGAAUGUGUCCUGAGACAGAGGAGCAGGAGGAUGACCACCUGAGCAUUGUGACCCUGGAGGAAGCACCAUUUGUCAUUGUGGAAAGUGUGGACCCUCUGAGUGGAACUUGCAUGAGGAACACAGUCCCUUGCCAAAAACGCAUCAUCUCUGAGAAUAAAACAGAUGAGGAGCCAGGCUACAUCAAAAAAUGCUGCAAGGGGUUCUGUAUAGACAUCCUUAAGAAAAUUUCUAAAUCUGUGAAGUUCACCUAUGACCUUUACCUGGUCACCAAUGGCAAGCAUGGGAAGAAGAUCAAUGGGACCUGGAAUGGUAUGAUUGGAGAGGUGGUCAUGAAGAGGGCCUACAUGGCAGUGGGAUCACUCACGAUCAAUGAGGAACGGUCAGAGGUGGUCGACUUCUCUGUACCCUUCAUAGAGACGGGCAUCAGUGUCAUGGUGUCACGGAGCAACGGGACUGUCUCACCUUCUGCCUUCUUAGAGCCAUUCAGUGCUGACGUAUGGGUCAUGAUGUUCGUGAUGCUGCUCAUCGUCUCAGCUGUGGCUGUCUUUGUCUUUGAAUAUUUCAGCCCUGUGGGUUAUAACAGGUGCCUCGCUGAUGGCAGAGAGCCAGGCGGCCCAUCUUUCACCAUCGGCAAAGCUAUUUGGUUACUCUGGGGUCUGGUGUUUAACAACUCCGUACCUGUGCAGAACCCAAAGGGGACCACGUCCAAGAUCAUGGUGUCGGUGUGGGCCUUCUUUGCUGUCAUUUUCCUGGCCAGCUACACUGCCAACUUAGCUGCCUUCAUGAUCCAAGAAGAGUAUGUGGACCAGGUUUCUGGCCUGAGUGACAAAAAGUUCCAGAGACCUAAUGACUUCUCCCCGCCUUUUCGCUUUGGGACUGUGCCCAAUGGUAGCACAGAGAGGAAUAUUCGCAAUAACUACGCAGAAAUGCACGCCUACAUGGGAAAGUUCAACCAGAGGGGCGUAGAUGAUGCAUUGCUCUCCCUGAAAACAGGGAAACUCGAUGCCUUCAUCUACGAUGCGGCAGUGCUGAACUACAUGGCAGGCAGAGAUGAAGGCUGCAAGCUGGUGACCAUUGGCAGUGGCAAGGUCUUUGCUUCCACUGGUUAUGGCAUUGCCAUCCAAAAGGACUCCGGGUGGAAGCGCCAGGUGGACCUUGCUAUCCUGCAGCUGUUUGGAGAUGGGGAGAUGGAAGAACUGGAAGCUCUCUGGCUCACUGGCAUUUGCCACAAUGAGAAGAAUGAGGUCAUGAGUAGCCAACUGGACAUUGACAACAUGGCGGGCGUCUUCUACAUGUUGGGGGCAGCCAUGGCUCUCAGCCUUAUCACCUUCAUCUGUGAACACCUUUUCUAUUGGCAGUUCCGGCAUUGCUUUAUGGGGGUCUGCUCUGGCAAGCCUGGCAUGGUCUUCUCCAUCAGCAGAGGUAUCUACAGCUGCAUCCAUGGAGUGGCUAUCGAGGAGCGCCAAUCCGUGAUGAAUUCCCCCACUGCGACGAUGAACAAUACACACUCCAACAUCCUGCGCCUGCUCCGCACAGCCAAGAACAUGGCCAACCUGUCUGGCGUCAAUGGCUCCCCACAGAGCGCCCUGGACUUCAUCCGCAGGGAGUCAUCUGUCUAUGACAUUUCUGAGCACCGCCGCAGCUUUACGCAUUCAGACUGCAAGUCCUACAACAACCCGCCCUGCGAGGAAAACCUCUUCAGCGACUACAUCAGUGAGGUGGAGAGAACAUUCGGCAACCUGCAGCUGAAGGACAGCAACGUAUACCAAGACCACUAUCACCAUCACCACCGGCCUCACAGCAUCGGCAGCACCAGCUCCAUUGAUGGGCUCUACGACUGUGACAACCCGCCCUUCACCACCCAGCCAAGGUCCAUCAGCAAGAAGCCCCUGGAUAUCGGCCUGCCCUCUUCCAAACACAGCCAGCUGAGUGACCUGUAUGGCAAGUUCUCCUUCAAGAGUGACCGCUACAGUGGCCACGAUGACUUGAUCCGCUCGGAUGUCUCAGACAUCUCCACGCAUACAGUUACCUACGGCAACAUCGAGGGCAAUGCGGCCAAGCGACGGAAGCAGCAGUACAAGGAUAGCCUGAAGAAGCGGCCAGCCUCAGCCAAGUCCAGGCGGGAGUUCGAUGAGAUUGAGCUUGCCUACCGCCGCCGACCGCCCCGCUCCCCUGACCACAAGCGCUACUUCAGGGACAAGGAAGGGCUACGGGACUUCUACUUGGACCAGUUUCGAACCAAGGAGAACUCACCUCACUGGGAACACGUGGAUCUGACCGACAUCUACAAGGAGCGGAACGAUGACUUUAAGCGCGACUCUAUCAGCGGAGGAGGGCCCUGUACCAACAGGUCUCACCUCAAACAUGGGACAGGCGACAAACACGGUGUGGUCAGUGGGGUGCCAGCCCCCUGGGAGAAGAACCUGACCAACGUGGAUUGGGAGGACCGGUCCGGGGGCAACUUCUGCCGCAGCUGCCCCUCCAAACUGCACAACUACUCCACCACGGUGACCGGACAGAACUCGGGCCGGCAGGCUUGCAUCCGGUGCGAGGCCUGCAAGAAGGCAGGCAACCUGUACGACAUCAGCGAGGACAACUCCCUGCAGGAGUUGGACCAGCCGGCGGCCCCUGUGGCGGUGCCGUCGAAUGCUUCCACCACCAAGUACCCACAGAGCCCAACUAAUUCCAAGGCCCAGAAGAAGAACCGCAACAAACUGCGCCGGCAGCACUCCUAUGACACCUUCGUGGACCUGCAGAAGGAAGAAGCCGCCUUGGCCCCGCGCAGCGUGAGCCUGAAAGACAAGGGCCGUUUCAUGGAUGGGAGCCCCUACGCCCACAUGUUUGAGAUGCCAGCUGGUGAGAGCACCUUUGCCAACAACAAGUCCUCAGUGCCCACUGCCGGACACCACCACCACAACAACCCCGGCGGCAGCUACAUGCUCAGCAAGUCGCUCUACCCUGACCGGGUCACGCAAAACCCUUUCAUCCCCACUUUUGGGGACGACCAGUGCUUGCUCCACGGCAGCAAAUCCUACUUCUUCAGGCAGCCCACGGUGGCAGCUUACAUGAAAGAAUAAUACGUAUAACCCUGUUUGGAUAAAGCCUAUUGGAUGAAGCCAGAUAUCUGGAUGGAGCUUACAAAAUGGGCAAAGAAUUCUUAUCCCAGAGUUUCAACAUUGCGCCACUGAAGAGAAGUCUCCUGGGGAAAUUUGUAUGUCCAAUAACUUGCAACCUAAUCAAGAAAGUUGGUGGGUCUUUGAGCUCUACCAACUCUUGAGCUUUCACUUUCUUUCAAUGAAAUAAGCCAUAGCAUCACUGUUCUCUUCAAUAUUUUCUACUCACCAAUAUGCUAGAGCUGCUUCUGUCUUCAGGGAGAUGAAUUAGACCAAGAACAAAAUUCCAAUCUUCUGGGCAGUUACAAAUGGUUCUCUGCUUUCCUUUUUUUUUUUUUUUUUCCAUUGCCACAUGGUGAAGAAAUCUACCUGGUUAUCACCAAACAUCCUAGUGGCAAACUAUGGAAUGCAAAUUCAUGAAGAGUGAGUACAAUCAGCAUGUUCCAUUUAAUCCCAGUGGUUUCUGAGUAUUGUAUUAUCUGUCCAAGAACCACCUCUUCUAUGAGGCAUUUUCCUCUCCUGGCAGCUAUGAUUCCAAGAUGAAUUUCAGUGGUUGGUGUGUGACAAAAAGGAUAUCUAUACUAAGAAAGUGUCCAAAGUACCUAUGUUUUUAGCCAUUCCAAAGUGGGUUUAAUAGUUGAGAAAAGCUUUUCACAUUUCUUGCAUGGAAAUUGUUCAUCUCCCAGCCAUUUGGCAGCUUUCCUGGUUCUCCGUCAUAGCUUUGCUUCCUGUCCCCACCUUCUUUUCCCAGUAUGGAUGAGUAUAUUCCUUAAACUGAAUUCUUAUCUAAACUAUUAUAUCGUUAAAAAAGGAUCAUGGUAAUAUUUUCUCAUGGUUUUCUCAUUAUUUUUUAACUCAGAAAGAUGGCUGGAGAAGGAAAAAAAUAAUAAGUAAGCAAACAAGACCUUGUUCCCAGAUGUCCCACCUCAAGGUCAAGCGCUGGGAUAGUGAGUGUCCUCCAGUGCAAAUCUGUGGUUCUGCUCAAGGAGAAGGGCAUGCUGUGGAAUAUUAAGCAACCUCUGUGAAGGUGUGCACGGGGAUUUUGGUCAAGGUGUCUGUGUGCCUGUGGAAGCAUUUCUGGUUUUUCUCUGUCUCCCUUUCUCUGUCUCUGUCUCUGUCUCUGUCUCUGUCUCUCUCUCUCUCUCUGUCUGGCUCUUCAAAGCAGAAUCAGUGUGAUAGAGAAUGAAUGGAUUUUAGUUCGAGUAUGGUGGCGCCCUGCUACUACCCUCCACUCUCCUUGGUGCUAAGUUCAUAGGAAACAAGCGUUUCUAAAUCUCAGGCAAUGAGUCACUGCAGUUAUUUUUUAAUCAUUAAUGGAAUGUACCUUUUGGAACAGAAAGAGAAAUUAGAAUGGGGAAUAGAUACAGUGAUAAGCAGACAUCAAGGUUUGUUCUAAAACAUGCUCUUGUUCAUCGAGGUGAGAAAUACCUAGAAACAAACAAAAGGGGGAUUUGGAGGUAAGGAAACAACAGCGACCACAUCCAGAUGCUCCGGUUUACCCUUAGAAGAUGUCAUUCUCUAUAACAUCCAGCAGAAGCAGAAACUGUGCUGCCAUUAACUGCUCCAAAAUGGUAACAGACUAACUUUAGAGAGAGGUAUGGGCUUUCUUUCAGGAAGACAUUGAUAAGUGAUGCAGUUUGACUGUUCAAAAACUAGUCCACUAAACCUUUAGGCAGUGUCUCUUAAAUGGUUUCCAUCCUCCAGUCAAGAAUUUUCAGAAUAGAAGAGCCUCAUACUCAUUACGAUUACAUUUCCUUAAUUGGGGAAGCCAAAGUGCACUGAGAAGAAUAGAAUGCUGUAUACCAGGGAAAUAGAGUGAGAUUAUCUGAAAUUUGUUUUUAUACAAUUUUGAAAUGAUUUUGAAUCAGAAAGUUAGGUCACCUCUGAGACAGAAAAUUGUUAAAUAAAAUUAUAUCUUCUCAUUACCAGUGAAAAUAUUGGGUUUCUAAUCUGAUUACUGUUUACCUCACUAAAGGAAAUUGGUAGAUUUGAUUACAAGUAAGCAUUUACAGAUUAAUUUAAAGUCUUACACAUAUCAGCAUGGAAUUUACUGACUCAGACAUGAUCUUUUAAGCUACAAAAUACCAUUAUGGGUGGUAGAUCACGUGUUCUGAGCAAAUUAGGAAGACUAAACCACUAAGUAACCUUCUCUAAUACUGAAUCUAAAUUCUACUAUACCCAUAAGGGAUCUGGGAGGAACACAGUAAAGGAGGAAAGAAACAGAGACCAACUGAUGAGUGAGAGUCAUAAUUGUUAAAAAACAAGUAAGUUGAAGGACAAUAUUCAUAUAGGAAAAGAAGGAUGGAAAAUGAACUCUAUACUUGCCAUUUAGAAAUUUGAUUAAAGAAUUUACUCAGGUUGUUUGUUUGCUUUGGGGGAUUUUGGUUGCUUGGGUUUUGUUUAGUUUUUUUAUUUUGCUGUGGGCUUUUUUGUUUGUUUGUUUGUUUAGUGUUACUCUUACUCUUAGCUUAGGGAGAUUUGACCUGUGGUUUCAGAGCUUGUUUGGAGAGAUGACUUAUCCAUGCAAGGGUAUUAACUAAGUGGAAACACCAUUCUAAGUUGUUCUAGGUGCUGGAGUACAAGCAUAAACAGCACUGAAGUUUAUAUAUGGAUGAAA